CUCGAGACGUGUCCUGACGUGUUGUUCUCCUUCUCUCCCCGACAACUCCCCUACUCGCUCCCGCUCUCUCUCCACCACGCAUCAAAGCUAGAUAUCAUGCUUGAGGCUAGGCUCCAACAGGCGGUGCUGCUCAAGAAGGUCCUCGAGGCCGUGAAGGAGCUUGUGACCGAGGCGAAUUUCGACUGCAGCGAGGAUGGCAUUCGCCUUCAAGCAAUGGACAACUCGCACGUCGCUCUUUCUUCCGUCGAGCUGCGUACCGACGCCUUCACCCUCUUCAGAUGUGACCGCCCCAUGUCAAUCGGUGUCAAGCUCGACUCGCUUCAGAAGAUCGUGCGCACCGCGGGCAACGACGAUGUGGUCACGCUCAAGAAGGAUGAUGACGGAGACAAUCUCAACUUGGUGUUUGAGGCAAAGAACAGCGACCGAGUAGCCGAAUACGACAUGAAGCUUCUGGACAUCGACUCUGAGCACCUGGGCAUCCCUGACACGCAAUACGAGGCUGUGGUUCGUAUGUCCUCCGCUGAAUUCUCGCGCAUCUGCCGCGACCUCGGCACCUUGGGCGAAUCAGUCAAGAUCGAGGUCUCCAAGGAGGGAGUCAACUUCAGCACAGACGGCGAGAUCGGUAGCGCGAAGCUGACACUCAAGCAGGGUAGCGGGUCGGCUGCUGCACCGGUGGAUGAGGAUGAGGAUGAUGAUGAGGACAGCAAGGUCUCGAGCGGCAAGAGGAAGAGGAAAGCCGGAGGAAGUGGGGGUGGGGACGGAGAGACGAUCCCCGUCACCAUCGAGCUGCAGCAGGCCGUCAGUCUCACCUUCUCGCACAAGUACCUCAGCAACUUCUCCAAGGCAGGCAGCCUGACGGGCACCGUUGCGCUGCACAUGAGCAAUGAGGUGCCUCUCCUGGUCGAAUAUGGAUUCGAGGCGGGUCACGUGAGGUUCUACUUGGCUCCCAAGUUGUCGGAUGAUGACGACUAAGGUGAUCGCAGGAGGGGAAAGGACCGACGCGGCCGCAGUCUCUUCUACCUCGCCUUUUGCUCUGCCACAUGUACGCACAUACACCCAUGCUCGCAAUCGUCAUCAGCUUCUAGUCUCCCCGUUGC